AAUGAUAAACAAAUCUGUGCUGUCAAUGAUGUCACCUUUGGCCAGUUUCCCCAGUACUGCUUUGGCAGGGUCCUGACCCUUGAGAAGAAUCUGGUGUUGCAGUCAAACAUGCCGACGGCGGCCAACAGCACCUACCUCCCUAUUGACGUCCUCACGGGCCUCCAGUUCUUCCCCCUGAAGCAGAAGGAUUCCCCCUCUCUGAGGUUAUUGACCGAGGCCUGGCGUGAGGAGUUGCGAGAGUUGACAGAGAGGGCAAGGCUUUUGGGACCAGGUGGAAGAGGCAGUGGUGUCCCCUUCUUCCCCCAGUCCAGCUGUGUGUCAGCCCUCGGGGGGUCUAGAGAUGACAGAGAGGGGAACCCUAAACUACAGCUGAUGGUGAUUGAUAUGUUGUGUCAGAUACUGGAAACGGAGUCUAUAGGGGAUGUCCAGCAAUGGAUUCUGACAGCUGGUCAAAGAGAAAAGGACCAGGUUCUAAGUCUGCUGUCUUCCGCCCUGGCAAAGGACCCGGUCUCAGCCUAUGAGGCUCCGGGAAGAGAGCAGCUGACAGUGAAGGAGGUUCAAAACCAUGCCUCCAGAAUGGCUUCGAUCAGUGAGGAGGAUACCACCAGAGAUCAUUCCCUAAAAAUUAUGUCAAACUGUGACUCAGGUAAACUGGAGGAUGCAGGCACAGAGAGGGCAGAGUCCAAGACCCCCAGGGAGAGACACAUUGCCAGACCCCUGAGUACCCAGAGGACCCUGUGUAGCCCCACCGUGUGUCACCUCAACCAAAAGGUGGUCCUACGUUACACCAAGCGGGCCCUGAUGCCUCACACACCACCUGAAGUGUUCCAGGCCGAAUGGCCCAACUAUACCCAGCAGGCACCUGGCUCACUCGUGACAUAAAACACAACUCUGGCAAUACACCUGGGGCUGGUUCAGGAAGUUGCAAUGUUACUGAACGUUCAGAUAGAAAUGUAUGAUGUAGAAUAGAUACCAUUGUCUGUCAUGUUGAAUAGGUUAUUGUAUCAGCUCUAGUGAUUCUAUUCAUAUCUGCAACACUCUGAACGUUGUGCCCUAAAGAAUGAACCCCUCCUGUGCAUCUCAAUAGACCUCUUAUUCAGCAAUCGGUAGUAAUUUUGUUCUGAUUUGGUUUGAAUUAGAUUUUGAAUUGGUGUUUCAUUGAGGUGGAAAGGGAGUUAAAAUGGGAUUUGAGUGUAAUCAUUAGUUACAGCAAUACUUUUACACUGUAAUGACAUAAGUAGUUACACAGUAAUAAUGGCAAUGUAACGUAAGUGUUACCACAUACUGCAUCACUACUAGUAUUUCUAGACUGACAAUUGUUCACACAAAUAGAAUAACAUAAUCUGAAAGACUAUAAAGACAAUAGGAUCCGUAGUCAAUAUAUCUGUAUAUUUAUCUCACUUAUUUCCCGAAUGCAUGAAAAAAUAAAGUGAAUCAAUGAAUGCCUA